UUCUAUUAAUAUUCUUGCCCUACCUCCAAUGGCCGAUACAACAGCCGUCGUUGAUGUCCCCAAGAAAUCAAGAAACAAUGGCAGAAAAGCCCUGAAACAGAAAACCCCUUCAACAAAUGAAGCCAAUAUUUUGGCUGAAAAGCUCUCUCAGGCAACUCCCCUUCCUUCUCCAAUGGAGGCCAACGACAACUCCAAAGAGAAUCACGACGGACUUUCUGGAACUCUCGUUUCUCCCAAGAGAGGGAAAGGGAAACAGAGCAAGCCGCAGUCUCUCGAGAAAGACUUGCAGGAAAUGCAAGAGAUGCUGCGUAAAUUGAGGAUACAGAAGGAGAAGACCGAGGAGAUGUUGAAGGAAAAAGAUAAGAUUUUGAAGAUGAAGGAGGAAGAGCUAGAGACCAAAGGUAAAGGACAAGAGAAAUUGCAGAUGGAGUUGAAGAAAUUGCAGAAAAUGAAGGAGUUCAAGCCCAAUAUGACAUUCCCAAAGGUUCAAUCUUUGAAAGACAAUGAACAGGAGAAAAAAGAGAAGAAGAAGAAGAAGAAAAGACCAUCUCCGCCUUACAUUUUAUGGUGUAAAGAUCAAUGGAAUGAGGUCAAGAAGGGGAACCCGGAAGCAGAUUUCAAAGAGGUUUCAAAUAUUUUGGGGGCCAAAUGGAAGACCAUUACAACUGAGGAAAAGAAGCCUUAUGAAGAGAAAUAUCAGGCAGAGAAGGAAGCUUAUCUGCAGGUUAUUGCUAAAGAGAAGCGAGAGACCGAAGCCAUGAAACUCUUUGAAGACGAGCAUAAGCAGAAGAUGGCUAUGGAGUUGCUUCAACAGUAUUUGCAGUUCAAAGAGGAAGCGGAGAAGGAAACAAAGAAGACCAAGAAAGAAAGGGAUCCAUUAAAGCCAAAGCAACCAAUGUCAGCGUUUUUCUUGUUCUCCAACGAGAGGAGGGCGGCUCUUCUGGAGGACAACAAGAACAUUCUAGAGGUGGCCAAAAUCACCGGCGAAGAAUGGAAGAACAUGACGGAGGAACAAAGAGGACCAUAUGAGGAGAUGGCAAAGAAGAACAAGGAGAAAUACAUGCAGGAAAUGGAGGUUUACAAGCAGAGAAAGAAGGAAGAAGCUGAGAGUGUUAGAAAGGAAGAAGAAGAGAUAAUGAAACUUCAGAAACAAGAGGCACUUCAAUUGCUUAAGAAGAAAGAGAAGACGGAGAAUAUAAUCAAGAAGACCAAAGAGGAGAAACAAAAAAAGAAGCAGCAGCAGCAGAGAAGUGACCCUAACAAGCCUAAGAAGCCUGCUUCUUCAUUCAUCUUGUUCAGCAAAGAAGCAAGGAAAAGCCUGAUGCAAGAGAGCCCAGGAAUCAACAAUUCCACUGUUAAUGCCAUGAUUUCAGUCAAAUGGAAGGAACUUAGCGAGGAAGAGAAGAAUGUUUGGAAUGGCAAAGCAGCUGAAGCAAUGGAAGCUUAUAAGAAAGAAUUGGAAGAAUACAACAAAUCUGCAGCGGAGAACAAGCAGCAACAGUGA